CAUUUCUAAUCAGUUUUGGUGGUUAUCAACAGGUCAAAGUAACUCGCGCUUAAUCGGCUCACAAGACGAUCUUACACAUGGAAUUUUGGCAAUAUUUAACCGAAAUGGUUCCUUGAGUUCGUUUUAAUAUAGAAUUAGCAUUUAGCGAGUAUACAUUGAAUUUUAGGUUCGAUAAUCACUAGAAGAAAUGAAGACUUUCAUCAUUCUGGCUUUAAGCCUUUCUGCAGUUUUUGCUGCACCUCAGUUUGAAGAACUUUGCGAAGCAUGCAAGAAUACUUAUGGAUCAUCGGACGUGGACCUGUUACAUAAUUCAAACGGUGUUGGCUUUGUAGUGCCAGUUUCGGGUGGAGAAUCAAGUUCAUCAUCAUCUGCCUCAGAGUUCUCUUCGUCGUCAAAUGAUGCUCAAAUCCCAGUCGUUGUUCCAGUUGCUGGAGACGAAUCAAGCCAAUCGGAAUUUUCAUCAUCAAGUCAAACCAAAAAUGUUGCCGUGCCAGCCGCCGUUUCAGUCGGUGAUAACAGUGGAUCAUCAAGUUAUACCAGUCACAGCGAAUCUUCACAGACAGCAUCAGCUCCAGUCGUUCAACAAGUGGUUUCAUACCCAUCAGGAAAUUCUCAAAGUUUCAGCCAACACUCAGAAAAAAUUGUUGAAUCAGCAGCAGCUCAACCAGUCAUCCCAGUCGUGUAUCCAACCGGUGGAUCAAAAAGCUACAGCCACCGUUCGGAAAAAGUUGUACAAUCAAGCGCACCAGUAGUUCGACAAGUGAUUUCAUACCCAUCAGGCGGUUCAAGCUCACACUACUCAAGCAGUCAAUACAAAAAAGUGUCACAAGCUGCUCCAACCACAUUGACAAUUGUUGCUCCAAGUGGUGGUAGUUCACACCGUUCGUCCUCAUACCGUGAAUCACACUCAAGCCAAGCUGCAGCACCACAAAUCAUUGCUUACACUGCGCCAUCAGGUGGUUCAUCCAGAUACUCGCACAGCGAAUCAUUCAGCAAACAAGGAUCCGCCGGUGGUUUGUCAGCUCCAAUUGUAACAUUCCCCACGGGAUCAGCUUCGCACUUCAGUUCAUUGUCAAGCAGAGGUGCUUUUGCAGCUCCAGUUGUGUCCGCUCCGAUUGUCACCGCUCCGAUUGUCACCGCUCCAAUUAUCUCAGCACCAUUAGCUACUUACCCAGCCGGAUCAUCACACUUCAGUGAAUCAUCACACUCGUCAUCAGGUUUGUUGGGAGGCUAUUCAGCUCCAAUUGUUUCAGCCCAAAUUGUCAGUGCUUAUCCAGUCGGUGGCGCGUCGCAUUCACACUACAGUUCAUCUUCAUCUUCAUCUUCGUCUUCGGGAUUAUCGGGAGAUUUAAUGAGCCCGAUUGUUUCAGCCCCAAUUGUCAGUGCUUAUCCAGUGGGAGGCGCGUCGCAAUCACACUACAGUUCAUCUUCAUCUUCGUCUUCGGGAUUAUCAGGCGGUUUGACCUCUGUCGUUCCCGCUCCAAUUAUUUCUUACCCAGGAGGAAGCGGAUAUUCGUCACACUAUUCGGUCAGUUAUUAAACCCUUCAAUUUGAAGUAGUAUAACGUUUUUUGUAGAUAAUUGUCUCUGCGGAGACAAAAACUUGUGAAAAUUCAAUCGUGAAAAUUUUUCCUAAUAAAAGUUUUCGACAAAAA